AUGGGGUCUCCGUCUUCGAUUCUCUUCGCCAAGAGCUCCUCCGCUUUGGCUGGCAUUUCGAGCAGCCUGCUUGAGGCAGGUGCUGCUGUGAACGCACCUGCAGAUGCCUCUGGUCAGUCCCCAGCUCGCUUGGCUGCUUGUGGCGGCGAAGCAUUUUUCCUGCUUUGGCAAUUACAGACAGGAGCUAAUUUGAACCAACAGGAUUGCCUUGGAGAAGCCCCAAUUCAUAAAGCAGCAAAAAUUGGGAGUUUGGAAUGUCUUGCUCUCCUUGUAGCUGGUGAUGCCAACAUUGAUUUGUGCAACAACAGUGGACAAAUGGCAGCAGACCUUGCCCUGGCUUACAGCUUUGUGGAAUGUGCCAAGUUCCUCACAACAUUUCACCACCUGCAAACUAUGAAACCAAGGGAGCAGCCUGGCUACACACUGAGGGACAAAGAGGGCUCACUGAGAGGAGAUCUAGCUGCCCAAAAGCAAGAACAUGAAAUUACCGGAUCCAGUAGCAGGCAGAGGAGAAGAUCAGAUGUUGUUAUUGCCUAGCUGACGAAACAAACAGCUUGUAAUCCCAAAAGGAAAUUAAGGAGAAUGUGAAGUCUGCAGCAACAUGACUGGACUAUGAACAGAGCAGCCUGAUU